AUGGCUCCAUCUGCUCCUGGUUUUCUCUCCGGUGGAGGCUUACUCGCAGCUGCGGAAGAUGUUGAGUUUGCUCAACCUGUUAGCCACGAUGUUACGCUGAACAUACCGCCCGUGUUCAAAUGCAACCCCUUCGAUCACACGCUGGUCGUCAAUCUCGAGGGUCCAGGAGGGGAAGCACGACGCAAUCACAUUUUGCGCGAGUUCGGCAAGAAAGGCUUGCGAGGAAGGUUCAAAUUCUGGCCAGCCGUCAAUUUCGGCACAGACGAACAGCUGGCCCAGGAGACUGGAAUGAAGAAGUGCCCGUGCGAUGCGAAGAAAGGCUGUGCACUCAGUCAUAGGCGCAUCUAUGAGACCAUGCUCGCCGAGCAAUGGGCAUGUGCGACGAUCUUUGAAGACGAUGUGACUCUCGCUGAAAACUUCACGAGCAGGAUAGAAAGUGCAAUCGAUAGCAUCCCACCCUUCGAUGUUAUUCUGUGGGGGUUUUGCCCCGGUGGGGCCAAGCCCCGGCACGGUCCGAAGGAUCAGAGCUCAGUCCCCAUACUUAGAUACGGCUGGCCAGGUUCGUGUGUGCACGCCUACACCGUCAGUCUUCAGGGCGCUCUGAUGUUGACACAAGCAAACACGCCAGUCCAGACGCCCCCUGAUGGAGCUAUGGAUGGCAUGCACUGGUUCAGAGAUCGAACGAUGUUGCAUAUCGACAGGUCUGGUGGCGUCAUCACUGGCUCCUACUGGUUCGCCACUCCGCAGCUGUCUUGGCAAGGGGUGGAGGCAGACAACUUGGAUGGAGGAGUUUGA